ACGAUCAUCGCAAAGAAGAGAACUCCACGGUUUGAGGGGGGGAACCGGCCUCGCUGUGUACCGUGCACCGAACACCGAUCAAUCUUGACGGUCCAAGGGACUCCCCUUCGGGCUUGUUCUAGCGAAGCGUGACACCACAACCACUCAACUGCAGCAGCAGUGUCUUUAUACGUCUUAAAACCCUCCCAAGAUCACACAAAACACUCUGGCAAGAGGCACGCUCGUUUAGAGCAUCACUUUACCGCACGGCUAAAACUCUGGUGACGGCGGCGGCGGCGGGUGGUGCUGCUGUGUCGAACGGGAGACCACCCGAAGAACCACCGGAGAAACACAGAUAGAAACGAAUAAUUAAAUAUUCCAUCUUGACGCCCGCGCCAACGGUCCCCUUGUCUCUCUCUCUCUCUCUCUCUCUCCGUCCUGACAGGCACGGUGUUACAUUUCGAAAGCCAACCAACCCCUGGCACGUUCAAGUGUCUUACAUUCACACACACACGAGAGAGCGAUCGAGAUCACGAUCGAUCGGCCAGCGUGUACCCACUCCCAUCGCGGUCCCUAGGCGAAGGCAAAAACCGGAGCCAAGCCCAAGAGCGGCGUAUCUGUUUGUGUAUGUGUGUGUGUGUGUGCUUUAGCUUUCCGAUUCGACGCUUCGACGACCGUACGCAACGGCUAAUGCGCGCAACGGCACGACCUGUGUGCCGCGGCGGUUUCGGAAUGCUUUGCGCAAGGCAGUGCGCGCGCGGCAGCAGCAAGUUGGAGAAGAUAGUUUCAGGAGUUGGAAAAAGGGAGCGCUGACACGCGGCUCACGAUUCGAAAGGGGACAUAGGAUACAGAAAGCGAGAGAGAGAGAGAGAGAGCAGGAGGUCCACGGUGCGCAUAAAACAUAAACUUCCCGUCCCCGGACGGGCUGCAGCUGUGCCUCCGCGGAAGCCUCUCACCGUUCGCGCACAAAACGUUCAUUAAGCGGGCAGGCAGGCAGCAACUCAGGCUCAUUUCUUUCGCCUGCUUGCUUGCUGCGCUAAAGGACGGGCAGACGGCAGCCUGCUAUGAUUGUACCCAGCAGCACCCUUACGGGAGAACGGGAAGAAAACUAGAGAAACGGAGAGCAAGGAAAAGAAAACUGGGAUCUUACAAGAAGACAGCUAAAGCAGGAAUAGAGGGAACAGUGCAACAGCAGGUACAACCCCUCGGCUCAAGCACUCACACACAUCCAGCCCAGUUCCAGCCAGUGUUUCUGAAGUGUGUGAUAAACAUAGAUAUAUGUGUGUGUGUCCACAUACAUUUGGAAGGAAGCAACUACUUAAGCACAGUGCAGCGAGGGCGCAUUAGACACGGACACAUACACAGGGGGGCUGUUUCGGUGCCCUCCGACAUCGUUCCUUCCCUGAAAACGAAACGAAUUCGUUUCGCAUCCAGCAGUGAUGGAUUGGGGUCGAAACAUGUACAUGCUGAGGCAAGCGGAGGGGGGGGGAUUAACAAGCGAAACGAGAGAAGCAGUGUAGUGAAAAAACUCAAGAAACACGGAAAAGGGGGACAAAAGAUGCUAAGCCAAAAGCGUUCAAAGAGGGCGCGCGGGACUUUCGUCCCUUCAGCAUUGUAUCUAAGCAAUAUUGCAACUCCCCACACUCGCGGGUUUUAUGUGUGUGUGUGUGUAUGAAAGUGAAGAUCCUUAACCCAAUUGGAAGCAAACGAGCCAAAGCCUCAAAAGACUCAGAUGAGCUGGUGAAAGUAGUAGUGUUGCGUGGGUUUGUGUCUCUCGCAAAGAGACGUGGUGCGAGUGUGUUUAUGAUGUGUGGCAAGUGUUAGAAACCCUUUCAAACACCCACUCACACACACACAUACACAUACAGAAAACGGUGUGUGCGUGUGUGCUGUGUUUAAGGACAUUGUGUGUGGUGGGGACGCGCGUGCAUGUGCAUCCGUUCCGAGCUGAAGCCGUCCCACGACCACGACCACCACCGCCGCCAGAAUGUCGUGCUGUGAGGGCACCCGGUCGCUGCACAAGCGCUACAAGAUAUCCCUGGCCACCGGUGGAAAGGCCGGUCGGCGUGAGCCGACGACGACAGCAGCGGCAGCAACUUUAUCCCCAUCACCACCAGCGAAUGAUAGCAGCCGGGUGUGCGGCAUGGCGAUCGCGGACCUUACCACGCGCCACAGUGAUAGUAGUAGCGGUGGCGACCGCCGGGCAGACGGUGCCCGCGACACCGACCUUAGUAUAAGCACUACCAAAAGUGACCCCCGGUUUAGUAGGAACGACAGCAGCAGCAGCAGCAGCAGCAGCAGCAGCAGCAGCAGUAGUAUUAUCAGUCCCGCCCGCACACGCCGAAGGACGACGGGGUCGGACACGGCCCGAAGGAAGUGUGUGGUGGUGGGGUCGCCGCGCACCGGCUGGGGCCAUCAGCGGCGGCAGGUCGGACGGCUGUUGGUAGUUUUUGUAAGUAGCAUUCUGCUGGUUCUGCUAUCGGCGCCCGACCGUGCCGGUGCCGUACUGCUCGACACCAAUGGCGGUGUCGGGGGCGCUGGGGAGGGCAAAGCGCCGGUGCAAGCGUUUGGCGACGAGCUCGGUGGGGUGAAUCUGGAGCGCAGCAUAGCGGCAGUGUUUAGCCGGGUGGCGUACGGGUCGACCACCACCACCAAGCGCAGCAUACCGGACAACGUGUACGUGCCGAGCCUGACGACCGUCUCCACGCCGCUGCUGACCACGUUCAGGUACGACAACAAGAACAAGGACGCACUGGGCGGAUCGAGUCCGGGCGGUGGCGGCGGGCUCGGCGAGAAGGACUCGCACUACAACCAGCAGCAGAUCAGCGCAAACCACCGGAACUACGAGCUGGAUCUCGAGCGGGAUCACGUGCUGCCGACGUCGGCACCGAACGCUGAAAUCCUGAAGAGCAACAGCAACCCGACCUACCCGAACCCGAACCGCCAUCACAACCACGAUCGUCACCGGCACUCCAACUCGACGCCAUAUCCGCACGGUCACAAUGCGAAAAAGGGCUUUCCAACCAACUCGAUGUUUGCGGGAGAUAUCCCCGCGUACUCGCCGCCCUCUCGUACAUUCUUCACGCCACCGCUGCCCCGCAACUACACCAACCCGUUCGCGGACAAGCCAACGCUCCGCGGCACCAACAGUGACAGCACGAUCAUCAACACGGGAACGUACGCAAACCGACGGCCACUGCCACCGCCCAGCCUGAUGCCGGGGCACGAGCGAAUCCCGAUGCGUCCGCCAGAUCUUGUCCCAGGAGCACCCGGAGCUGGUAAUCUCGGCGGUGGGUUAGCACCCCUGCCAAACCCUGCUGGUAAUGGUCCCUCGUCGAAGGUCGGUCCGGAUAAUGGUGGGAUGCUACCGGCAGGAUCGUCCGGUCUACCCAACUCCCAAUCGAUGGACGCUCAGCGCAAGAAGGCGCUCAACACACCCUCGGAGAAGUCGAACAAGCUGGACGCGGCCAAGGGCGGAUAUGACGGUAACAGCAAGCUGUUCCUGCUGGACGAGAAUGCCAACUCGAGUGCGAUCCUGCCGAACGGGAUGCACUUCCCGUCGAUCUCGCGCAUCCUGUCUGGCUCGAACGGACGCCCGCAGAUGAUACCGGACGUACUGCUGCGGUCAGUCACUUCGGCACCUCGUCCGAAUCAGCCAGCGUACGACCUUGGAGGUGGUGGUGGAGGUCUUGGUGGUGGUACGACUUCCCUCAGCAAUGCGAAGAAUCCAGGCAGCAGACCGGGCGGUUUGGAUGGCGACCGCGAUCGAGAUGGUGGCGAUGGUGGAGCCUCGGAAGGACCUGAGGGUGGUGAUGGUCGACGUCACUUUGAGGAUGACGAAGGCGAAAACGAUGAAGACGAGGAAGAUGAAGAGGAUGAUCCGUUUGAGGAGGGUGCCGCACGGCAGCAACCAUCCGGCGGUAGUACCUCACACAUUGCCACCUCCACCGUAUCGUCCAUGCACGUGCAGUCCUCUUCCUCGUCCCCGAUCACGCAGCGGAUGCCCAACCUGAACCUCAAAUCGGUCAUGAUCAAGAACGGCACGGGCGAGGAGGGUGCGGGCGGUGGUAAUGCCGGUGGAGCGUACGGGAACGAUCGCAACUUCCAGGGCGAAAUCGCCGACAUCAGCACGUGGACGAUCGCGUGGAACGUGCACGUCUACCUGUCGGCCAUCCUGUUCACCAUACUGGCCGUCUACUCCAUCUUCAAGAUCAUCUUCUACGACAAGCUGACGCACCUGUUCUCGCAGGCGUACUUCAUCAGCAUCCACCUGAUCCUGAUCAUCAUCUGCCUGCUGCGCAUCUUCUACCUCUGCUACGAUGCGUACAACAUGCACUUCAGCUUCAACCUGUUCGUGUCGGAGCUGCUGCUCAAUCUGCCCCUCACCUUCCUCACGACCACGUUCGCCAUUUUGAUCCUGUUUUUGCUGCUGCGCUCCAUCAACCACAAGACGAACCGGUACAGCUCGAUCCUGCGCCCGCUGACGAUUAUGAUCGGGUCCGGCGUGCAUGUGACGCUCUGCAUUACGCUCCAUCUGGUGGAAUCGUACGAGACGAAGCAGUUCUACCACAAGCAGCAUCAGCUGCAGCUGGCAAAUAAGCAGCUGCUGGGCGCUGGGGCCGGUAUGGGAGGACGGGGCGGUGGUGUGCAUGCCCCUCCGACCAACAUCCAGAUACCGCCGCGCGUCCUCUCGCUCAUCUGCCAGAUCAUCUACAUCUUCAUCUGUCUCAGCCUGGGCAUCCUGUACCUGUACAUGUACCGGCUGUUGAAGCGCAUCCUGCACAAGAGCCAGAACUACAUCCACGGCUACAACAACCUGUCGUACGCGAUCCACAUCACCAUUGCGACGGCACUGCUGUUCAUUCUGCUGGCCGCGCUACAGAUCUACGGUGCGAUUAGCAUCAGCUCGCAGACCCGCGUAAAGCUGUCGCCAAGCAGUGGGCUACCGGGGGAUGUCCCCGGCGGUCGUCCAGGUGGUGGCGGCGGCGCCGGUGGUGGCACACUCUGGGCGUCACACAUCGAGAUCGAUUGGUUCCAGUGGGGCUACCAGUUUAGCAUACGCUUCAUCGAGAUCGUCAUCGUGGCGCUGCUGUCGUGGGUGACGGGCCUCAAAACCGGCACCUCGAAGGUGAUCCAGCGCGAGAAGGACAUGGAGCAGCCGAACGCGAGCGGGUUCGCCCUGUUCCCGUGCACCUCCAGCUCGAGCCAGGAAAACUUCGAAACGGACUACCCGGCGGUGUGCAACACCAACCGCAACCUGCACACGUACACGAUGCGCACGGGCAAGCCGAUCUACGACGACAACUUUGCGCUCAACUCGCUCAACCUCGAGCCGAACAAUCAGCAGGACCUGCAGCUCGGACCGCCGGGCGGUGUCCCGGUCGGGGCGAACGAGUUCCAGCGCUCGCUCGAAACGAACAGCAUGCGCUCGUCCUCGCACAACUACAGCAACAACUACAACGGCAGCAGCAGCAACAACGAGCACGGCGUCGUCGGUGGCGGGCCCGACUCGGCCGACGAUUUCCUCAACGAGACGGAACCGAUGCCGGAUCACUACGAAAACCCCAACUUUGAGCUGAAGCAUCACCACCACCAGCAGCAGCAUCACCAUCAGCACAGUGGCGGUGGUGGCAGUGUGGGCGCUUCCUCCAACCAGUACCACGACAUCAUGGACAACUGCUACUCGGAACCGAUCGGGGCGCCCCAGUACGAUACGAAGUCGCUGCGGGGCGGGCAACCAGCGCCGCCGCCGUCGUCCGGGCAUCCGAUGGCACCACCACCGCACCAUCGCAACUACGACUUCCAGAACUUCGAGCGGCCGAACUUUGACCCGCAGCACCUGCCGCCGGCGGUCCCGCAACCGCACUCCGCGCUGAGUGCCGCCCAGUCGAUGGCACGCGGUGAGUUCCGGGCGUCCAAAAACCUGAAAACACUCAAGAGCGGUCAGCUACAGAACGAUCUCGGCGGUGGUGGCGGUGCGAACACGAUGGGCCAUCAUCACUACAACCACCAUCAGCAGCACCAGCAGGGCGGCGGGCCGAUGGUGCCCGGACCGGGCGAUUCCUUCGACCGGCGGAUCGGGGUGCGGAAGAGCGGCACGCUCAACAACAUCGGCGCGAUGCACUUCAACCCGCACGGUAGCGGCCGGAACAACAACUCCAACUCGUCGGCUUCUUCGUCCUCCUCGAACAAUCGGGCGGUACAGCAGCAGCAGCAGCAGCAGCGCCGUGCCGGCCCAAUGUCCGGCGCACAAACGCUCAGCUCGGCGGCAGCCCAUCAUCACCCGCAGCAGCAGCAGCAGCAGGGUGGGUUUGUGGCCCAUCCGGGCAGCUUCAACGACCGGCUACUGAACGGUGGCGGUAUCGGGGCCGACUCGCUCGAGCGGAUUGCGGCCCACGAUGGCAACUUUGACGACGGCGGCAGUGGCAGCGGCACCGGUUACUACCACAGCAAGAAGCGCUCCCGGGACUCGUCCAGCUCGGGGUACGCGGGCGGCGGCGCGGUGGUGGUACCGUACGCGACCAGCAACGAUCAUCACCAUCCGCAUCAUGCGGCGCACCAUCACGAUUCGUCCUCGUCGCCGACGGCAAGCCUGGGUGGCAGUGGCAACGGGACGCCCACCUCCGGUCCACCGAACGGGGGUGGCAUCCUGCCGGGGAAGAUUGAACCGCGGGCGGCCCAGGACAACGGCAGCAUGCUGGUGGCGGAGCAAGGGUUUGUUCGGUUUCGGGCGCUCGAGGAACCGGCGCUAGGGUCGCGGACAAACCUGCGCGACAAGGGUGGCAAGAUGUUCAUCAAUUCGUAAGGCGCAAAAGAUUUCUCCCCCAGCCCACAUCUCCCCACAUCCUUUUCCUCGCUUUGACCCCUGAUAGACGUGGACCACGUGGGCGAUUUGGUGUGCGAAGUGUGCUGCAGCGUACUGGUGUGUUUGUGUUAGGGAAGCUCAUCCAUUGCCGUUUUAGUUGUGUCACAAUGUGGUCAACACAAAACAAACACACAAAUAGAAACAAAUUGAUCGAAGGAGGCCGUACCGAUGGGAGACAGAGAGAGAGAGAGAGAGAGAGAGAGAGAGAGAGAGAGAGAGAGAGAGAGAGAGAGAGAGAGAGAGAGAAAAAGGAAACAAUUCCGUGCUGUGCAUGUAAAUAGUUUAGAAGAGAUGGGGGGCGAACGGAGCGUGUUGAGAUGGGAAAGGACUGAUCUAUCCCUCUCAUGCAGCUCACUGUUUAAAAGGGAUGGAAUUUGACUUCUUCCUUCCCCCUUUAAUUAACACCCCCCGAAGACGCAUUUCACUUCUCUCGCCUGGGCCAUAAUUCUUUUAAUAAGGAUAAUUGAGCACACACACACACAUUCACACGUACACAAACAGCAAAAACACACAGUAGUAGUAGGCUCUGGUCGGUAGUUUCAUGGCAAAAAGAAGGGAUACGAGCGGAUGGUUGCGGACGUGCUGGGAAUUCGUAAUCUCACACUACUCACACCAUCAUGAUUUCCGACUUGCCCGUGUCGCAAUUAGCAACUUUUGCUGCACGGAGGCAGGCGCUGACGCAAUGUUUGGGCGGGGAUAGAGAGCCCCUACAUUUACGCGCUGGGUGAGGUGUCUUGUUAAGCGUCUUUUUGGUGCUUUUUAAGGCACAGCCAGCAGCGCAGUACAAAACGAAGAGGGACAGCCCUUACGUUUUUCAGUAAUUUAAUUACACACAGACACACACCAACAAACACUUUGAGAGCGAGAUAGAGAGAAGGAGAGAAAGAGAGAGAGAGAAGGAGAUAAGGUAAUAGGCAACUAUUAGGCAGCCGUAAACUUAUUGUGAUGAUUUAAUCCGUCGUCUGUAGAGCAGUGGUGGUAAAUAUUUAGCCGAAGCAACCAACAACCAAUGUAAGUUUCCUUCCCCCUGCUCUCCCCACCUCCAUAUGUUCUCCUGCCAAGUGUACAGAAGACAGAGAUAUAGUGAGAGCGAGAGAAGAAAAACAAUAGAUAAUAUAAUUUGUGUCGUCCCUCCGCUACUUUCUUGCCAUAUAUACAUGUGGAUGGGAAUGGGAGCAGAAGCUAAAAGGGGAAACUCCCUGUUAAGCCCUCCUACCCCCAGUCGCAUACCGUAUCGCCCAGUCACCACGUGGUCAUUCUUUGCUGCUACAGCUAUCCCCCCUACCCCCCCCCCCCCCCCCCCCUUCCCUCAACCAUGCCGAUUUGCGCGCAAUGCUAUAUGAUGAACGUCGUCUCCCUGGCGCCGUAUGUGAUCGUGUGAUUCGUGAAUGUUUUCUUUGUUUUUGUGGACAAAAGAACAACAAGAAACGCUAGUCUGUUUUAUAUAAAUGUAACACACCCCCUCCUCCCCCCCUCCCUCCCCUCUGUACAUGGACCUGUAACUAUAUAGCUAUAUAUAUAUGAAUGUAUAUGUGAAUAUCGUUUUAUUUUUUAAACUAUUAUUAUUAUCUAAAAAAUAUUAUAGUUCGGAUGCGCAUAUAUAUAUAUAUAAAUAAGCGAGGUUAGUGUGUAAGAGUGCGCGUGCGCGUGGUUUAUGUUGGGUUAUGUUUUUUUUCUUUUUGCUACCUUUCUCAAUCGAUUUUACUUAUCCUUCCGGUGCGAAACGGAAGGGGGAGAUUAAGAAGAAGAAGAAAACACACACACAGACACACGCAAGAUAGAAUGAAAGGAUGUAAAGUAUGGGGAAGGUUUUAAUUCGUUCUUAAUUAGUACGUACGCAACAGUCGGAACCCGACCACAAGCAGAGGAUCUGCCGAAAGCAUUUAAGCAGCAUUAUUACCUUUGUUGUUUUUUUUAAAGCAUCUCUCUUAAGUCGAGCCUUUAUCUUGGAUAGUGUGUUUUUUUCGUCGUUCGGUUUUUAACAAACUCAUUUUGCCCACUUGUGUGCAUAAAUGUGUGUGUGUGUGUUUGUGUGUCGCCUGUUCGGCUGCAUUCCCCCGCCCAACAAAAAAGGAGCGUGUGAUAGCGAAGUUGAAUAGUAAAAACAUAAUGAAAUACAUGGCGCUACAAAGUUGAAGGCGCACACGGAACAAAACGCACGAAAACGUAGCUACUUAAUGGAACGGUGUGCGGCAACGAGGGCAGCCACUGUCUAAUGCUCUUGUGCGCCCCGACGAAAUGCUUAAACAAGGAUCUCCUCCCCGCCCACCCGAGAGGUCCGAACUGAAAUGAAUAGGUAUGCGUGUGUGUGUGUGUGUGUAAAAAAAGAGAAGAAAAGCAAAAUGAGGAAGAAAAUGAACAUUGUUUGUGUUUCCUUUCCAUUUACUCCCACUCCACCCCACCCAUCUCAACAUUUCUGUGCUAUUCACUCUCUCCCCCGCUCGUCAAAGCAGUGUGUAAAGUUAUACAAAUGGCAAAUAGUUGAAAUAAUGAAGAAGUCCCCAUAAAACAAAACACUUAAAAAAAGGUGUAACACAAUUAGUAAAACAAAACAGGCAAAGCUGGCAAACGCUCAAAAUCUUAGUAAAAGCAUUUCCUUUCCACCCCAUUUCACAUUUCACAUUUCAAGAAAGAGUGUAAGAAUGAAGAAGAAAAAAGAGGAUAAAAGAACAGGAAAUAAUCAUAAUAAAGAGGAGAGAAAAAGAGUAGCAAAAAAAAAAGAACACAUAAAAACAAACGAAACAAACCACACAGACACAGACAAACACAACAGGAUCCACAGAAUUUAAAUGCUAGCAUUUAAGAGAAAGAGAGAGAGAGAGAGAGAGAGAUGAUUAGUAGAGAAGUGUAGCCCCCCCAAAAACAACAACCCACGACUGGUUCUAAAAGAACAAGAUAAAUCUGUGACAAGAUUUUAUUGAAACCACGAAAUGACCGAAACCGUUUGUUGCAAAA